UGUUGUAGUUUUUAUCUCAGUCUCUCACUCGCUAUCUCCAGCUUUCUUUCCGCUUCCCUCAUCUGCAAUCGAAUUCGUAUCCUCGUACAACAACGAGAAGUAUGGUGAAGAAAACGAUGGAGAAAGGAUUUAAGCUGAUUUUGGGUUCUCAGUCCAUGGCGAGAAAGCGGAUUCUAGCUGAAAUGGGAUAUGAUUUCACCAUUGUGACUGCAGACAUUGAUGAGAAAGCUAUUAGGAAAGACAAGCCUGAAGAUUUGGUUGUAGCUGUUGCUGAAGCCAAAGCAAACGAGAUUAUAUCGAAACUGGGAGGUGAAAGCCAGUUUGCACAAGAUCAUCAUCAUCAACCAACUCUGUUGAUUACUGCAGACACUGUUGUUGUCUACAAAGGUGUCAUUAGAGAAAAACCAACCAGUAAAGAAGAAGCUCGCGAGUUUAUCAAAGGCUAUUCUGGUUCACACGGUGGCGUUGUGGGAUCUGUUAUUGUAAGAAACUUGCAAACUGGAGUUAGAAGAGGAGGGUGGGAAAAAGCAGAGGUUUAUUUCCAUGAGAUACCAGAGCAAGUCAUCGAUGACCUUAUUGAUGAUGCAAUCACUUUCAAGGUUGCUGGAGGUUUAAUGCUGGAGCAUCCCCUCAUUUCACCUUUUAUCGAUUCCGUGAUGGGAGGAGUUGAUACUGUUAUGGGACUUCCUAAAGAACUCACUCAAAAAUUCAUCAACGAUGUGUUGUAGCUCAAGCCACUUUUGAUUGUGUAGGAAGACUUAAAAUACUCAAAUCUAAAAGCAUUUGCCUAACA